GCCGUGUUGUGUGUCAAGUGUAACGCAAGUGUCUUCCUAUGCGAAACAGUGACGAGUCCUGUUCAAUCCGGUGAAGUCCUGCGAAGUCAACUGCCGUCCUCGACUUCAGAUCGUUUCAGUUCACCCGAAAAGCAUACACACGACAAACGCCGCGACAACCAUGGCCGACGACGAAGCUAAGAAGGCGAAACAGGCGGAGAUCGACCGCAAGAGGGCCGAGGUGCGCAAGCGUAUGGAAGAGGCUUCCAAGGCCAAGAAGGCCAAGAAGGGUUUCAUGACGCCGGACAGGAAGAAGAAACUCCGUCUGCUUUUGAGAAAAAAGGCGGCCGAGGAGCUGAAGAAGGAACAGGAGCGCAAAGCGGCCGAGAGGAGGCGGAUCAUCGAAGAACGGUGCGGACAACCGAAGAACAUCGAUGACGCCGGCGAAGAGGAGCUUACGGAAAUCUGCGAAGAACUAUGGAAACGGAUAUGGCAUAUUGAGGGCGUAAAGUUUGACUUGGAAAGAGAUAUCAGGAUGAAAGUUUUUGAGGUAACAUUUACAUCACACCUACCUAUGUUGCUACCCACCGCAGCACGUAGCGGUCUGUUGCAUCGUUUAAACAUUUCCAUCACGAACUGCUGUAAAAAUAAAAAAUUAACUGAAGAGUACCGGAUAAUACUAUCGGGUUUUGUUUUGAAGAAAAAAACUUUUCGUCAUUUUCCAAUUAUAUUUUUCAUUGACAAAUGCACAUACCUAUAUAAUAAAAUAUACACUUUUUCACUCUAUUAAAACUUUUCGUUCAAA